CCAAAACAAGAAAAAAAAAAAUUCAAAUAUGAGUAAAAUAGAAAACACAAGAAAAAACCACUACCAUCCGCGCUGCUUAGUGCCAUCCAUAAUUCUUAUUCUGAUUUUUAUAUACAAAUGUGAGGGUGAUGGAUCGACUUAUCCUGCGGGUUGGACCAGAAGAGCAGCAAAAGAAGCUGAGGCAGUAGCAGCCAUCUCUUGCUCAGGCCAUGGAAGAGCCUUCUUGGAUGGCCUCAUUCUUGAUCAAAGACAAUCACCAAUCUGUGAGUGUAACAGUUGCUAUGGAGGUCUUGAUUGCUCCCAGUUCUUCCCUAAUUGUUCUGCAAACGCUGAUAGUGGAGAUCCAUUAUUCUUGGAGCCUUUCUGGAUGCAGCAUGCAGCCAGCAGUGCAGUUGUUGUAGCAGGAUGGCAUCGGAUGAGCUACUCAUUCGGAGAUCAAACCUACAUCUCACAAGAGCUCGAGAAGCACAUUCGCAAGCUCCAUGACGCUGUAGGGAAUGCAGUAACACAAGGAAGGUACAUUAUUUUUGGUGCUGGCUCAACCCAACUCCUCAAUGCUGCAGUUCACGCUUUAUCACCUAAUAAUGCCUCAUCCCCUGCAAAAGUUGUAGCUUCAAUCCCCUUUUACCCGGUUUAUCAAGAACAGACGGACUUUUUCAGGUCAGUGGAUUACAGGUUUCAAGGAGAUGCAUCCCUGUGGAAAAACUAUUCAGAGACUAGUACAGAUCGUAUGAUCGAGUUUGUAACUUCUCCAAACAACCCCGAUGGCCAGCUGAACGAGGCAGUUCUUCAAGGCCAAAAUGUGAAAGCAAUUUAUGAUCUUGCCUAUUAUUGGCCUCAUUUUACAGCAAUUCCAGCUCCAGCAGAUGAAGAUGUGAUGAUAUUUACACUCUCUAAACUCACUGGUCAUGCUGGCUCUAGAUUUGGUUGGGCAGUGUUAAAGGAUGAGGCCAUCUAUCAACGCAUGCAAAGUUAUUUGACAUUAAAUACCAUGGGGGUUUCUCGGGAAAGCCAAUUAAGAACUCUGCAGCUCCUGAAAGUAGUCCUUCAAGGAGGAAAGGACAUGUUUGAAUUUGGACAUGAAACGAUGAAGAAACGUUGGGAAAUAUUGAACAACACAAUAUCCAUGUCAAAGCGCUUCUCUCUCCAGAAAAUAGAAUCCCAUUACUGCACAUUUUUCCAGAAAGUCAGGGAAGCUUCACCAGCUUAUGCAUGGGUGAAGUGUGAGAGAGAAAAAGAUAAAGACUGUUAUGCAGUCUUUCAGGCAGGCAAUAUCACUGGUCGGCGUGGUAGUUUGUACUUCGCAGGAGAUCGCUAUGUUCGUCUCAGCCUCAUUAGAAGCCAAGAUGAUUUUGAUUUAUUGCUUCACAAGCUUAACCAACUGGUCUACGACUAGGGACGGAUCCAGAAAAUCUAGGUAGUUGGGACAACAUGUGUUGAAGUACAAAUAAACAUAUAUAUACAUAUAGAAAGAGAGAGACAAUAUACAUACACAUGUAUUUAAAUAAAAAUAAACAUGAAAAUUAUUAAGAAUAAAAGUAAUAAAGCUUAUUAAAAUAUUUCAUAUA